AGGUAGCUUGUGGGUAUUUUUUAUGUCAAUAUGACUUAAGAUUUUAAAGUUUAAACUAACAUAACUCUGUAAAGAAAAAAACAAAACAAAACAGGUCGAUCGUGUGAGUCAAACCACAGUUUGUUAACUAGUCUGUAUUGUUAGAGACUUAAUUACCAUUGAUUGGUGUGUCACAGCAUCUCAGAGUGGAGUCGGGAAUCAAUCACAAUCAAACAUCCUCUGUUACACUAAGGACAUGUAAACAUCGGAAGUAGACGGCUUAAGAUCUUGCUUUUUAUUGCAAAGUGCAUAAUGGAUUAUCUGUCGAAAUUCAGGUUUUUCAGUGUUUACAAGGUUGUAUUUUUAUAUACAAUUUUCUCCACAUCUUUUACAAACGCAGCGGCCAAAUUACUUGUAUUAAACACAAGUCAAAUUGACAACUUCGAACAGAUACAAAAUGAUACAAAUAUCGAACUAUUUCAUUGGGAAGACUACACUGUUCUCGCUGCUAUGCUCAUCAUAUCUUGUGGUAUUGGGGUAUUUUACGGAUAUUUCGGAGAAAAACAAUUGACAGGAGACGACUUUCUUCUUGGUGGAUCGUCUAUGGGAACGUUUCCGAUGGCACUCAGUUUAGCGGCGAGCUUUAUUACAGCCAUUGAGUUGUUAGGGAAUCCGGCAGAGAUGUUUAUAGCCGGUGGUCAAUUUUGGAUGAUCUGUAUAGCCUUCGUCCUUACAGUGCCCGUUGCAAGUCAAUUAUACCUACCAGUGUUUAUGAGGCUUCGACUGACAUCAUGUUACGAAUAUUUGGAGGUACGAUUUUGCAAGUCAAUGCGUGUGUAUGCAAGCGUUCUAUACAUGUUGCAAAUGAUAUUGUACACUGCAGUUGCAGUGUAUGCGCCGGCGUUGGCACUUUCAGACGUGACAGGACUUAAUACGUAUUUAGCGGUUUCUGUGGUAUACAUAGUGUGUAUAUUUUACGCUUCCCAGGGCGGCAUGAAAGCUGUUAUAAUGACUGAUACAUUUCAAUCAGCCGUACUCAUCGGCUCUUUAGCUGCCAUUCUAGCUCUCGGCUCAGCACAAACCGGUGGCUUCAAUUAUAUUUGGGACUACGCACAACGCACCGAAAGAUUGCACUUUUUUGACAUGAACCCCGACCCUACAGUACGGCACUCCUUUUGGUCGGUGGUUGUGGGUGGUACCAUGUACUGGGUCAGCAUGUUCUGCGCUAACCAAGCUUCAGUGCAGAAAUACUUAUCAGUAGAGCGCAUAUCUCAAGCUCGUGUCGCGUUAUGGGUAUCAGCUAUUGGCCUAGUAUCUGUGUACUCUGUUAACUUCGCUACCGGCGCCCUUCUUGCAGCGCACUACGCGGGAUGCGAUCCCAUUGAAUCUGGACAAAUAAAUGCUUCUGACCGACUCCUGCCACUGUAUGUCGUUAAACAGCUGGGUGUAUAUCGCGGCGUACCAGGAUUCUUUGUGGCUGGCAUUUUCGCGGCUAGUCUUGGAACAGUAGCAUCAGCACUAAAUUCCUUGGCAGCUAUUGCAUGUCAAGACUUGGCGUCCGGUUUGUUUGGUAUCACUCUGCCAGAGAAUAAGGGCGCAGCAAUUGCAAGAUGGGUGUGCUUGGCAUGUGGUGCGUUGUCUUUCGCGCUUGUGUUCGUGGUGGAGAGAUUGGGUCCUGUGCUGCAACUGGCCCUCUCGUUUAAUGGAAUGACGGGAGGUGUCACCUUAGGACUCUUCAGCCUCGGAAUGUUGUUCCCGUGGGCAAACGCCAAGGGUGCGGUUGCGGGCGGCGUUUGCGGGUUGCUGCUGGUGGUAGCGGCGGGUGGCGGCGCGCAGUACGCCUCAGUGCCAUUACCCAGGCUACCUGCCUCAACCGAUACCUGCCCCACCACCUUAAAUAUGACAUCUAAUUAUGACCAUACAGAAAAUCAUGACAAGGCAGUAUUUUGGUUAUUCAAAGUGUCAUAUCUCUGGUAUUCUGGACUGGGUUGUGUUGGCACUCUGAUUAUUGGGUUAACGGUUUCCCUGAUCACUGGUAUGACUAACCCCGCUGAUGUUCCCAUUGACCUUAUAUCGCCUCCAGUAGUCAGCUUCCUAAACUCAUUGCCGAAUAAGUUUAAGAAAGCGUUGCGUGUUCCGACUCGUCUCGGUUCGGAGCGUCGUAGAAGCUCGAGCGUCCGACCGCCGAGUCUGUCCGACGAUAAGGACACGAGACGUCGCCGGCGGUUGUCCGAGUUGGCGGGCGGCGUGUUCUACAGCGAUGCACCCACACUCACUCGCGGCCACGAUAACCUCGCACUCGGCCUUGACUCAGAAAAACCGCCACCUCAGGAACCCAAGCGAACGAGUUUCAAAUUCGAUGCACCCUUAAAUCCUAAUUCUCCCCAAACAUCCUCAUGCUGAUUUAUACAUCAUUAAUUAACUGUGUACUAAAUUAUUUCCUCCAUCGACAUGCUGAUUUAUGAUCUGUAUCAGUAUUUCACAUUGAACAAAACAUAUAUAUUUUUCACAUUAUCUGGAACUAUGAAGCGAAUUGCAAAAUCGACAAUAAUGAAUUUCAAUUGUUUUUAUGGUUAGAAAUAUUUUUUUACAAUUCUCCAUAGUCAGUCACUAUAUAGAGACCAUCAUUUCCUUAUCAGUUGUAUACAUUUUUAAAAAUGAAUAUUAAUCCUAUUUUACAUUUCAUAGUCUUAGUUCAAUUCAUAUUAACAUAAGCUAUAGUCUUGAGAAAUGUAUUGAAGUUAACUAUAUGAAAGAAUUUUUAUUAACACCAAAGUUAUAAUAUAAAUGUAUCAAUAAAAUGUGUAAUAUUAAUGCAAAACAAUUGCCCAAAGACAUUGCCUUUUUGUAAAUAGGAGAUAAUUAACUUAGGUAAUGAAUUAACUUAUUUCAAUAUAUUUAUAUAUAAUAAUAAUAAUAAUAUGUAUUCCAGGGUCUAAGGACUAAACUAUAAACACAUUUGAUUGUAUAAUAUUCUUAAGUUCAAAGGAAAUAAAAAAAAAGAUAUAAAAAAACUUUAAUUGUAUACAUAUAUUUUAAUGCCAAAUUAUACAUCAACUUUUAAACGGCAGAUAAUUCAUAGGAUUGAAUUAUUGUUGUACCUAUAAAUUCUAUUCGAUUUUGGACGUACACUAAACGAACUCAUUAUUCACAUUUAAAUAGUAAAUGCCAUUUAUUUAUGUUAUACAUGAAUGUAAUAGACAAGAACAAAAAUUAUAUUUAUACAGAAAUAUAACAUGGAUAAACGAAAUAAAAUAUAUUGGCAACUAAAUUAUAA